AUGGCACCUCCGUCCCCGAGACGUUCCUCUCGAGCUCGCGCUGCUUACCCCCAAUCACAACAAUUAUCCAUAUCCUCCGGCGUAUCCGGACGCUCUGAGAGGAAUACGCGAUCUCUCCAUCGUCCUUCUUCUGACAAGUCUACUCCAAGCGCUUCCUUAUCUUCUGAGCCACUGGAAGACUCCGAGGAGGGUCUGAUGCCUCGUCGUCGACGACGCGGACUCGACGACGAUCCAGAAAAGAUACUUCAGAGCGAUAUGAUGGAUGGAAUGGUCAACGCAAGUGAUGAGAUGCAAGACGAAGAAGAUGAGGCUGUUCGAUGCAUCUGCGGCUCGGAGGACUACCCGGGGCGCCCGCCCGUGGACGGCCCUGACGCAGAUUUAUUCGCAUCAGUAGACCUUACUGCAGAAGACGUUACAGGCUUUUUUGUUCAAUGCGACGUUUGCAAAGUUUGGCAGCAUGGCGCGUGUGUGGGGAUAUUUAGUGCGGAGAGUUCGCCUGAUGAAUACUUCUGCGAGCAAUGCCGACAAGAUCUUCAUAAGAUCGCUGUUGCGAAUAACGGGCACUCCUACUGGCCUCGUACUCUACCCUCGACCACAACUAUCCGGGGAGUUAGGCGCGAACAAAGAUAUUCGAAAUACCUACCUUUGCAUCGGCAAUCACAACCAGCCUCUCGCGCAACUUCAGUGAUCAGAGAUGGCGCGAAGUCCCCUAAGUUCUCUAGCAAAGCGUCACGCGCCGAACAAGCUCUUCAAGCCUCGAAAAGACGUUCUACGAUGAACAGCCGCGAUGCAGCAUAUGACGAUGAGCUACUUCUCCGCGCGAUCGAGGCCAGCAGAGAGAAUGUUCCACAAGAUGUCGAGCCAGGGAAUCGCCGAGCGAAGCGUGGUCGGAGUGACAGCGAAGAGAAUCAAGCAAGCGUUAAACGCCAGCGCACCGCAUCCCGAUCUGUAUCCCCCGCGACGGAACCCGUGGCAGAGCACAGUCGGGACGAGUCUGACGAUGAUACAAGCACAAGAAAUGGAGCGAAGAAGAAUCGCUCGCACAGAGGAACUAAAGUCAAGUCAGAAAAAGACGAUCGAGAACGCCAAAGGCAGGAAGCAGCGAACAAACGAAAAAACCGCGCUGAGCGACGCCGUGCGGAAGAUUCGGACAUUUCAGAAGAAACACAUUUGGCUACGACUAAGCCGGUGGCACCCAAAGCUAGUGAAGCUUCAUCAGCCUCUGCACCUACCCCUACUGUUACCACCAAUGCACCUGGAACACCGCCACCAACCAGUACCACGAUCGGCAGUUCACAUAAACGAACCGCAAAGAGCCAACAGAAACGAAUCAGAGGCAAGAAUCAGUAUACCAAAGACCGCGAAGAGGUCGAAGAAUCGCCUGCUCGCUCAGAAUCUCGAGAUUUUCAAAGGACUGCAGAAGAGUCACAUCCCAAGUCUCCUUCGAGCGACACACGGCAGAGCUCCAAAAUUAAACCCAGCGCUGCAAGUAAAAUCACAAUGGUGGAUAUGAAAAGAAGGGUUGCCGCGAUUAUGGAAUUUAUUUCUCGCACACAAGUUGAUCUCGCGGCAGAAGCAGCUUGUCAAACAAAUUCAAGUUCUGGGGAGGCUAGUCCACAGAAAGUAUCGAUGGAUAAUGGAGAUCAAGCCAAGGGUUCCGGCGGUUUGGAUCAUACUGCGGAAGGCUCUAUAACUGACAAGGAGUUUCGGAACUUGGCGUGCGUGGAAAUGAUGGAUGUUUUGACAAGGGACAUGGUCAAAUGGCAAAAUCACUAUACGUAG